AUGACUGUUCGAUCGCAAUGACGUCAACGGAAGUCUGAUCGGUUUUCCCAGCCAUGAUGAUUGAGCGAUUAUUCGAGUCUUGUGGGAAUAGAACAGUGUCGGAAGUUGAUUUACAGUUGACGAUUAUUCCAAAACGCGAAAUGAUUAAUGAACGAUCAGCGACAAUUAAGAAGAAGACGAGUCUGGAAGAUUCCCUGCUCACGCCAUUGCUUCCCAAUCGCGAGAAGUAGAAUGCGCCUAGUUACGGUACGUCGGUUACACAUGGAUCACAAACGCACGGAAUUGCACGGGGGUACGCGUACUGGUCGGAGAGGUGAGCACCCCAUAGAGGCGACAAAAGAGAAGGGGAGGAGCUCCUGUUUUCAUGCGAGUUGGCUUACGAGCCCGAGAGGCGGGGAGGGAGCGCGACUUUACGGGUGGAAGUCGGAAGCGACACGAUCCGAGUCAGUCGUUCGCGAAGCACCAAUACGUUUGGAUCGAUCGAUCCUUGUCCGCUUUAUCGAUCGGAAAUCCGUAACUCGUUAGCGGUCAUCCACGGAAAUCUAAAAACACAACGAACCCCAAGAGUUUCACGCAUUGAUCGACUAAUUCUAUACAUCUCUGCUAUGUCCUAAGUGUGCACUACUUAAAACUUACUCGAAGAAAGCUUCACAUUCGACUCGACUUUCACUGAAAGGUGUAAGCUCCGACGAACAUGUUUCCGGCAUUGACGCGAUAGGCGAUGAUAUCUUCACGGGGGUUGCGAUGGACACCAUAAGGUCCUCCGGGCACGCGACCUGUGGGAGGGUCGUUCCGCUCCGCUGAAUCGUGAAACCACCCCGGCGUGCGAUCGCAUUAUACAGAGGCUCAUCCUCGUUCCUACCACCAACGGUGAAACUACCGAAGAAACUUUGAAUCGUCCGAGACGCGUCGAUCGAAGGAACUUCAACGUACGAAGCUCGGUUGCGAAGCGUGCAACGGACUCGAUUGAAAGGCGAUUACAACUGUGAAGUGUGAAUCGAAAGGGAAGCUUAAGAAUCAUGAGUGCGUUCAAGAGGCAUCAGAGCAAAGUGUUCUGGGGUCACAUGGAAGCACAGGAUCUAGACCGGCUGGAUCCUUUCGCCGCGCGGAACGAUCCCGUGAAAGCGAGGCAGAGUCUUCGGCGGAACUUCGAGCUUUGCGAGAGAGCGGAGCCGGAAGAAUGCUCUUCCAGUAUCAACGAGAGUGAUACCGUCGAGAACAUCACGGCGAUCCACGUGUGUCCCGGCGAGAAUAGGCAGGAUUUAUAUUCCGUGGCAUCGAUUUGCGACGGAGACACGAUGACUCAGACCGCCACGAUGGACAUUGGGGAUGAAGAGAAGGAGGACGAGAACAACGUGGUUCUAGCGAACAGAUCGUUCAGUCCCGUAAGCCAGGACCUCCGCAGCCUAGAUUCCGGAUUCUCCGAUUCCGAACGAUCGAACUGUUCCGAGCAAUACGAGAACGAGACGCCAAGACGUCGCAGAAGGCGAAGGAGGCUCAAGGAUCGGCGACACGGUGUCCAUUCCAGAAUCGGCUCCGUCUGGUUGGACGAGUCUCUUCCGAAUCCUACGUACACGUCCACGCCUAAGGAAUCCAAAAUAUUACCUCGAAACGCGGCAUGCUUUGACGCGCAUGCUGACCGAAGUGUGUCAAGAAUGCAGAGAGUGGAGGAGGAUCAAAUAGAUGCGUCAGCAAUCGCCCCGUCUGUUUCCCUGGAAGACGAGUGUUUAGGCGAUUUCCUGUACACGUCGGAGCCACCGGAGGACGCGGUCGAGCCAAGAACCGCGAAUUCAUCGAUUACGAUUCACUCCGAAUCCGAGCUAUCCUCUAGAUUUCUCGCGCAAUCUAGAAACUACAGGCAAUCGUCGUCCGUGAGAAGAUGGCUCGGUGAUCUCGCGAUGAAAACGGAGAACGAGUGCACGAACACUCUUCAGAGCAAAGCGCUGCCACGCAGGAGGGAUCGCGAGUUCCUGUCCGAAAAGGACGAGAUGAAAGACUUGAGGACACUCGCGUCCUUCGCCACCGCUGCUGCGAAUAAACUGCUAGUCAGAGCGGAGCAGUUCGACCGUCAUUAUCAGUAUAUAUUCGAUAAAGUGGCCCAUCUGGAAGGCGGCAGAUCUGAGAAGGAACUUCUACGUGCCAUCGAGGAUGAUGCAUUCUCUGUGUUGACGGAACUGGGUGCACCGCCACCUCGUAGAAUUCAGCAGAGUAGCUUGAAAGGAAUUCUAACGCAACUCGAAGGCAUGAAGAACUAUGUGGACGGCGCUGUGAACACGCGACUGGACUUUUACAUUGAAAGGAUUGUAAGAGGACUAGAAGAGGCACCAAAGGAUGACACGACGGUAGCUAGAGGAGCCUUAGCAGCAUUAACAGCUUUAGGGUUAGCAGGACCAAGAGCUGGAAGCAGUAUUACUAGAUGUUCAGGCAUCAGGGCUCUUCUAACAUCUGUAAUCACAUCUUCAAAGACAUCCACUGAUUUCGUAGCUGCUUCUUUACGCGCGUUAGCAAGUGUCUGUUGUUCUGCUGUUGCUAUAGAUCAAUUUGUCAAAGAUGGAGGUCCAGAGAUAUUAACGGAUCUUUUGGCGGCAAAGGAUUCGUCUGAGAAGGAUAAAAUGGAAGCCACUGCAUUGGUUGUACAGAUAACAGCUCCUUGGGUCAAUGCUCUAGGUCUGCCCCACUUGGAACCUUUUGCAGGAGAUCUAAUACCCUCCUUGAAUCAUCUAGUCGAGAAUACUAGUUGUAGUCAAACGUUAUUGCUUGGAGCAGCUGCAUUCAAUCAUCUAUCCAAGUCCAAAGCAUGCGCUUCUGUAAUAUUGAAACAGGAUACUGUGAAGAAAUUACUGAAAAGUGUGAAAAAAUCGGCAGGCAAAAAUGUCUGGCUUAUGGAACAAGUAGCAGCUCUGAUUAGUGAAUUGGCGCGCACCCCUGAAGCACGACCACACUUGGCGGAAGCUCGCGCGUCUGUUGCCCUGGUUUCCUUCCUUAGAAUGAGACCACCGGGAUUAGAAGACGCCUAUAAACGUUUAGAAAUUACUGCAGCGGCAGCGUUAACUAGACUUUGCGUCGAUCCGGAAAUUGCGAGGCAAGUCGUCGCUAUUGGCGGUGCUGAUUGCCUUCCGUCGUGCAAAGCCGACGAUCUUCUUACAGAAGACGAAGAACAAAUUGAAGCUGGAUUACUGAGAUACACGAAAUCCUUAAGGAGAGCAUGCAAAAGAGCUGCAAAACAGAUUGACAUUGCAAAAGCUAGCGACUAUAGUGAAUUGAGUUAGGUCACAUAUUUAUUAAUAAAAUUAAUUUUAUUAUAUGUACAUAAUAGCAGUGUAUAGCAUAUAGAAUACUGUUUUAGAAAAAUAAUUAGUAUAUACUAAUUAUAUUAUUAUACUAUGCAGGUACUUUAAAUUUUACAAUAA